CCUCACUCCUGUGUUUCCCAGGAUUUCCCAGACCUAGUGAACUUUUGCCAAGUUUUGAGGUGUUAGGAAAAUUGAUCGGUCACAGGUCUUUUUUUGUGUUCGUAUUUUAUUGCAUACGUAUAUGGCUUCCAGGUUGAAAAACAUGACUCGGUGAAAAUGAGUGUGGAAGUGAGCAAGUGGUGAUGUAAAUGUAAAUGGUGAAUAGAAUAAAGUUCGUGAUAUCGUGAUGAUGGCACAUUGCAUCAAGUAAUUCGUUGUCGAUAGGAGUGACUUAACCUAAUUCAACUGGAUCAAUGGACAUCUUAAGCGAUUUAGAAAAUUUAGCAACGAUGUUUGAUUCGUUUAAAAACGGAUUUGAUUACGAUUCGGGUACGAGUUUAGCUCCAGAAAAUGAUGAGUGGCAGUCGAAAAGGACAAUUAGAUUUAAUAAAUUAUUGCCUUAUGUCGAGGAACUUGAUGACGAGGCUCAAAAGACCUUCGCUGAUAUCAAGGCCAACCUGGCAAGGUCUAUCAUGCUCAGGGAAAUUCGACCUGGCUGCUACGAAUCUACAGUACGAUUGUGCAAAUACAUAUAUCUUUAUGGGUUGAAUUUCAGCAAAGAGGAUCAUAUUUUGUUAAUUAAAUUGUUGUACGAGCUUACGACAAUUCCAGACUUGGAACCAUUCCUGAUUUAUACAUUUGCCAAUACUUUGCAUCGAUUAUUAGUGAAAAACGACCUUAUCCGGCCAGAUGAAUUGGAAUUGCCAUGGCGUCCCCUCUACGACCAAGUGAAGAGAGUUUUUGACAACAAGUUGAUAAAUGUCGGAAUUUAUCGUUCACUCCACGAUAUGGACACCGCCCUCGACAAUGUCGCCCACACAGCGAAAGUCUAUUUCCCCUUGAGUGCAACGCAAGAAAUCCUGGAUGAGUUAAGGCCAAUGCUCUGUCCACACGACGUGCACACAAUAGGAUUGACUGUGAGACGUCUAGAGUGGUUUUUACCAGUCACACUUCCACCUCAGCAUCAUUCUCUGGGUCAUGAAUUGUGGUUUAAGGAAUUUAUGAGGCUCUGGGAAGUUUGCCACAAUGCCCCUUCAUGGGAGCGAGAAAUGAUGGAAUUAAUGGCACGCUUGUCGAAUAAAAAUAUUGGUUACAUCGACUGGGAACCCUAUUUGCCUCUGAUGUUUACCAGAUUCGUCAGAUGCUUGAAUCUGCCAGUUUACUACAAAAAUAGGUCCAAUACCAAACACCACAGAAUUGAUUCGAUGUAUAUUGCCAUCUGGACGGUUUCAGUUUUGGGAAACGGAUCCAGUGCUCAGAUGUAUCUAGACAAGUUUCUGAAAACCGUCGAGACUUAUUUGCAUCCAGCAAACUAUGGUCAAUGGGCCACAAAAUUGAUGGAGUUGAUUAAAAGAUUAUGUUACUACUUCGUCGUUCGUCUUCACAGAGAACGCUUUAAGAAAGCAACUUGGGCGACGCCAAUUCCCGAUUCGUACAAGUUGACAGACGCGGAUGUAGACGCUUUCGUCAUGAGUGUUUUGCCUUUGGCGAUGAUCUCGAUGUUCAGCAAAUCCUUUAAUAUAUCGUCGAAUGCUUGCCAUGCGCUCCAGUAUCUGGCAAAUGUAAGACCAAAUUUAGUAGUUCCGGUUCUCUUGGAAAGGGUCGACGCCACCCUUGAAUCGCUCAUUGAACCUGAUAGAUUUACGUCCUUGAUGCGAGGAUUAUCGUCAGUCACUCGACAGUUAUGCCAGGGAUCCAGAAACGUCAAUAAAGACUACGCUUAUGCACCUGGACCUGCAGAAGUGGUCCCGCUUCUCUUUUCAACUCUCCCUGGAAUUGAUCACAAUGACUUUAUGAAAAGCCAAAUGGUAUUCAGUUUUAUUACGAUGAUCGUCGCUUAUGUCCCGCUUGUUGAUUCUUCACGAUGUCAAGCUCCUUUAGACGAAGAUGAUCGACUCGUGAGCGAAUCAACUUCCAGAUUUGAAGAUUUCAUUUUGCAAUUUUUGGAUCGGAUUUUUAUUCUAAUUGAAUCCAGUUCCGUCGAUGUUGUGAGGCAGGAGAGCGAGGUGGGGAAAAGUGCUAUGGACAUGAUAGCCGAGAACGUUCUCUUCGAGCUUCUAUCCUCGAUGUUUUGCCAGACGAGCGACGAGUUGUUCGAAGUUGCAGUCCAGAAAUUCCGCACCUUUGUGAUCGAGAAAACCCAGGAGACGAAAGUGGCGGGUCAGAUGGUAAUGUCCUGCUGCAAAAUGUUCGCCAAGGCAAACAGUCGUUUGGCGCUGCCCGUUCUGUUGCCAAUGCUCGCGCAAACAGUUCUCGAUUUGGUUGAGGAGGCCGACGACGUCGCCAAGGAAGAGAAUCUCGACAAUCGGCUUCUUUAUACAAUGCUUGUACUUUCUGGCACUCUGGGCGCCAGUGGGAAUUUUAUUUUGCCUUAUAUCGACACUCUCACCAACGUUAUUGAUAAAGUUCUCCAUUUAAAGUCAAGAGAAGGCUCCGGCAUUGCUUAUCAAUUGUUGGAGGGACUUUUCGUCUCACUCUGCGAUGUUUCGCUUAAUAAAGCUUACCGCAAGGACAGGGAUUAUAGCAGUCCAGAGUGUGCUCAGGUUUUGGAUUGGGGACAGCCGGUGGAUACGGAAUCCAUUGAGACGGAAUGGUAUGUUCCGGGAGAGGAGGAAAUUUCAGUCGCGCAGAAGCUUUUCAUCAAGUAUUUGCAGCCGGAAGUUGCGAGGAUUGAAAAAUUUAUUGCCGACCCGAAUUCUGUGACGAGGGAGGAUCUUCUGGACAGUUUAAGCAUCGUCUAUGAAAUCCUUUCAGGAUGCGAACAUUUGCUACCAAUUUGGGAAGAACCUCCUUUAAUUCUCGAACCCUCGGUCAUUGAGCCAACGCCUUUCAAACUUAAAAUCGGAAUUAAAGGAGAAAUUAAAAUGCCUGAUGGAAGCAAUGUGAGACAUUCAUUAAGUCAACUUAUCAGUCGACUUCAGGAUGUCAUGCUAAAAUCGGCAGAAGAUGAUAUCAAGAGUAUCGUCAUUUUGUCUGAGGUUUGGCAAACCAUCCUUUUAGGAAAAUUCAGGAUGAGGGGCUACUAUAUGAGAAAGAAUAAAGUCCACCGAAUGGCAAAGAAAAUGUGGGAGGACAAAUUGACGAAUAAAGAUGGAAAUCUCGUCUUUUAUUGGGAUCGAAUAAUUAGUCAACAUGAAGCUCGAGUUCAGUAUCAAACUUUUGUUUUCACUGAAACACAUAAGCAUAUUAUGCUAAAAUUAAUGGAAUUGUCUACUAGUCGCUACGCAAAAGUACGUGGCAUGGCUCAGGUGAUUUUGUCUGAUGUUAUGUCAUAUUAUCCACAUUCCUACAAAAUUUUGGUGCCGUAUAUCCUGGAAAUUCUGGGCCGAGACACGGCCGAGCAUCAUGACGCUUAUAAGGGAGCGCUCUACGUUCUAAUGAGUCCAAAGCACGAUCUGCUUGUAACGAAACGAGACUGGUCACUUUUACGAAGUUUAUGGCCAGCAAUAGUCCUAGCAAAACCUUCAGAAAAGCCCUCAGUGAUUGCUCUACAAGACAAUAUCCAAUACUAUAUUGUGAAAGGCUUCAUGACUACUCAAUUAACACUUCAAGUUCCGGACAGCUGUAUAUCGGCAGCUUCCGCCUUGUGGGAUUCUUCCUCGAUACUGCCUCGGCCUACCGAAGAAGAAAUCGAAAAGGGAAAAGAGAUGCUCGUGGAAAAAGGGCGGCAGAAUCUCGAAAACUACAAGUCUUUACUCGACGAAUUGAUGAGCAUCAUCACCGAGAAGAACCUUCAUUGGCGUCAGCGAUUAAUAGCUAUGGCACAAAUUAAACAAAUCUCGCAUCCCGAUCAAAUUUAUCCUCAAAAAGUCGUCAAGUAUUUCCUUCAGGCACUCAUUCAUGAAUCCAUUUUCGAGAGGCAAACUGCAUUGAAAAUUGUUCUCUGCAUGCUGAAACAACAGAAGAGAAAACAUCCAAAGGUGGAAUUCGAUCUCUCGAAAGUGCGACAGAUUGACUCGGGCCAAGAGGAAUUAAAACCAGGCGAAAGAGCCGACAAUUCUUGGCUGCAAUACAACUCAAAAACUCGGCCUCUGACACCCGAACAGUGGAAUGAGCCACGAUUUGUUCACAAACUCUACGUCGGUUAUUAUACCUGGCCGAAGAAAUUGCAAGUCUACGCUUCAUCGUCUGACCAAUUUUUCAGCCUCGAGACGAGACAAUUCUCCGAUAUUGAACAAGAGGUUUACAAUUUCUUCAACGAUCCACAAAAUGUUGAGAGAUUAAUUCACUAUCUCAGCCUCGAGGAGAAGAAGGGAAAAGAGAGAUUCAAUUGUUCGAAUUACCUCCUCUUUAAAUUCCUCUUUCGCAAUCAUGGCGACGCAUUUUUAAAUCACUUUUGGCCACAUCUGAAGCGACUUGUGGCUGACAAGCAGGAAAGUUCACAGCGAUGUGCGUCUGAAAUUGUUGCAGGAUUAAUUCAGGGAACUAAGCAUUGGAGUUUCGAAAUGGUUACGAGUAUGUGGAAGGAAUUGACUCCCAUUGUCAAUAUAGCAUUGAGUAAUUUAUCGGUGGAUUCAAUAGGGAACUGGAGUCUUUGUUUUGCGAUGGCUCAGAAAUCUCUGGAUCCUAAUAGGCUUCAUUGGCUGCUUGAAUCUCUUAUGGAUGAAUCACCGUUGGGACAAUCGGAAGCUUCCUUGAUUGAGUGUGGAAGACUUUAUGUCCUGCAGUCAGCUUUGACGCAGGUGACAUGGCGCGUAUCCGAAUUAUAUCAUCGUCUCCUGACACGCUUGGAAAAUCGUCUCCAACACAAUCCCUUCCAAAUUCUGCGAAAUCGUCUAGGGUCUAUUCUUGCGACGAUUUUCGAAGCCGAUAUCCGAUUUGAAGAAAACUCUGCUUUGCAAACGAAUCCCUGUGCACAGAAUUUGAUAGACAAACUAGCACCGAAAUUGCAAAUGCUUGCUGAUAAUCCAAAUGUUUUGUCGGGGGAGAAUUCAUUAUCGAGUGCAGUGGCUGGCGUUCGUCUAAAUGAAGCGAUGGAGGAGAGUGAACAUCAGAUAGUCAAUGAAGAGGAGAAAACCAAGGCCAUUAAACUUUUUAAAACAAUUUGUAAAUGGAUGAUAUUCAGUAUAAAUCGAGCGCAGUACAGCGUCCUUCCCGGUUACUACGAAUUCUUCCUGACAAUGUGUCAAUUGGAAAACUGUGAAAACGAUGACGAAUUAGCGUCUUUGUGUUCCGAAGUCCUAGCAAUCUUAGCAAGAGGAUUGACAAUGCCGAAAUAUAUGCCAGCGGCCUUUGAGGCCGUUUUGAAAGCCUCGAUGAACACGUCCUGGUGGGUGAGAGCGACCUCUCUCGAUUUUCUGCAAGUCUUUGUUUUUCACAAUAUGAGCAUUUUGCUGAGCAAGGACGAGUGGGUCGAGACUGUUCAGGAAAUAGUUCUUCGACUCCUGGAGGAUGAGAGGCUCGAGGUUAGAGAAAAAGCGGGCCAAGUCCUCGGAGGAUUGCUUCAUUGUGCUUUCAUUCCUGAUAAAGAAACUCUGUUGGAAGAAUUUAAAGUAAAAUCGAGGACCAGGAUACGAAAGAGAAAACACCAAAUCGCUCCGGAUGCCCUGGAGAGGGCGAAUGUUGUAGAAAUAAAUGCGAUUCGAACACGGCAUGCUGGGAUUUUAGGUCUUUGUGCUUUCAUUCAAGCGCAUCCUUAUGAUAUUCCUAGUUAUGUGCCCUCGAUUUUCGAACACAUGGGAUCGCAUCUUAACGAUCCUCAACCUAUUCCUGCCACAAUUAGAAAGACUUUAAGCAAUUUCAAACGUACACAUUACGAUGGGUGGAGUGUUCAUGCUCAGCAUUUUACCGAAGAACAAUUGGAAGUUCUUCAGGAUUUAACGGUGCCACCUUCGCAUUAUGCGUGAUACAGCACUGCUUAUUGUUUGAAAAAUGGAAUGUGAUCCCUAAUUAUUUUUAAUAUUAUUGAAAGGUUUUUUUUACAGCAGAUAAGUGAAAAUAAAUUAUAACAAUUGACGACGUUUGUUUUGUUACCUUAUAAGUUCUAUGUAAAUAUAUUUUUUUAAAGUUUAUUAAAGAUGUAUCUGGAAUCA